AUAGGUUUCAUGUCUUGGCUUUUGAGCUUCGGAAGACUUUAAGGAAAAGCUGCAUUACAAAGAGUAAAAAGAGAGCUAUGAGCUUUUCUAUUACUUUACUUAAGGAGAAUUGUGUCUUUGGAACUGACCAAAAUGAACUAUCUUGUAACAAUCUAUUAUGGUACAUAGAAAGUAAUACAAUAACAAAAUAACUAUGCCUCAUGUCCAGACUAGUUGAGGACUUGAGGUCGGCUAUUCCAUCAAAAGUUGACUAGUUUUAAGCUGGUCGCCAAACUAUGUCAACCCUCUUUUAAACUGGACCAGCAAUAUGAGCUUACAUAGGAUAUAUACAAAGCUCACACAAGUAGAGUUCCCCAUUAGAGAAUAAAUAGAACAAUAACAACAACAACAUACCCAGUAUAUUCCCACAGGUGGGGUCUGGGAGGGUGGAGUGUACGCAGACCUUACCUCUACCUUGGGAGGUAGUGAGGCUAUUUCCGAUAGACCCUCGGCUCAAGAAAAGCAUUUCAAAGAAGGUCAGUCAAGAAUUAACAGAAGUAGAGAAUAAAUAGAAAAGAAAAAAAAAAAAAAACACAAUCUCUAAUUUCAUAUACCAAAGGUCAUUAAUUAUCACAGAGUGAGUUAUACUUUAAAUUAAUUGAUGACUAUUUUGUCAACACUUAACUAUUUGGUUAUGCUGUGUCUGAUGCUAAUCGUGGAACUCUUAGAAAAGAGAAUGAUGAUCUGUAUUGAUUAUUUAAACUGUGCUGGAACUUAUGGUGUUUUUCCAUGUCUAUGAUUGAAGCGAACCUUGAUUUGAAGCAAACUCUGGUUGGAUGGUUGAUUCAUCAGUAUCUUUUGAGAAUCAUCUAUUAAGUAAAUACUAGAAACAUCAACAAGGAGCUGCGUCUUGGAUGAUACCAUGGGUUAAUUCCUACGGAAACAUUGACGGGAUAGAAAGGAAAAAUCCUGGAACAAAUGGGCCUGUCGGAGAAAGAUAUUUGUAUAAAAUGUGAUAAAGGUGGGGAAGUGUUGGCUUGUGCUGAUAGAUGUUGUCCUAUAGCAGUUCAUGUAAGGUGCAUGGGUUGUCCAGCUAGAUUUGAUGAUUCGGGAAAAUUCUAUUGCCCCUACUGUCUAUAUAGGCAAUCAAUUGCAAAAUUUCAUCAAGCAAAGGAGCAUGUUUUGUCAAAAAAACAAGCUCUUCAUACUUUCAUAGAUAAGGAAAUGAUAGACAACGUCAGAGAGGUGCCAUCAAUAGCGAGCAAAUCGACAUGUGAAAGUGCUGAUGAGCCAUUAGCAGAAAAGAAGAGUGAUGUUCCAGAAAGCAAUUGUGAUCAACAAUUGGUGGUUGGGCAGCAAAUACAUUCAGGACCAGAUGUUGAUUGUGGUAGUAAACCUAGUGUGCAUACAUCUUCUAAAGCAACAGCAACUGAUUCUAGAGUUUUAGAAGCUGGAAAGAGCGUUCAGGUAAAUGAUCUAAAAGAAGUUGGUGAACACCAACUAGAGAAUAUUGUUGAAGAUAGCCGCUUAAGUAACUCAUCCGUUGCUGAAGAGGACAAAUCGGGGAAUGAACUUGUUCUGGCAGAAACGAAAAGAAAUUCUGCUGAAAUUACAGGAGAACAGAUGAUAGGGGUUGAUCAAACUACUGAAACCAUCAUGAACACAGAUCCUCCAUUGCAGCAGCAUGUGCAUGGUAAAAGAAAAGCUGAAACUGGGGAUUUAAAACGUGGAGAAUCUAAGUCUGUUUCAACACAACGUGAGUGUGGCCAAAAGGUUAACAAAGUUAAAGGUGAGUGUAUGCUCACUGACUCUCCAAGAAGGUUAACUAGGACAUCAGCUUCUUUACUUGAGAAAAGUAGUGCAGCGGGCGAAUUAGUGCAAGUUAAACAGCAGUCCAUAUUGUUACCAGUUAUCCUUCCAAAUGGGAAACGUAGAAGAGUAUUAUGGAGUCGCGAAGAGGAAGAGAUGAUUGAGGAAGGAGUUCAAAAAUUCUCAAGCACUGUAAACAAGAACAUCCCGUGGAGGAAAAUUCUAGAAUUUGGUCGUCAUGUGUUUGAUUAUACUCGCACUCCAACUGAUCUCAAGGACAAAUGGAAACAAAUCUGCUCUAAAUAUGGUGGGCGAGUCUGACCAGGAGUUCUUUGCUGAACUUGUGAAAUGGCGGAAGUGUCUUGUGAUAUCUAGAUUCACAUGUGUGAUAAAUACCUUUUCUUUUUGUGGAUAGUUUCUUCAGCAAGGAGGUCAGUUUUGAGGGGUAAAAAGUUAGAAUUAGUUGUAGCUUCUUAUUUGUUAAGAUGAACAUGAUGUUUUAAUGGGGUUUACCAUGUGUCUUUUUGUUGAUAGUUGCAGGGAACGUGUAAAUUUCCAUAUAAAUCUAGCUUAAUGUACACUAUACUUUUAGAAGAAAACAAGUAAUAGUUGAUGCAUAGAUAGUUUGAAAGGGAA